AUGCAGACUGCCGUACGAAAAGCAACUCGUUUAGAAUACAAACCUCCAAAGGAGAAGCAUAUUAAGACCUUAAUCGGGCUGACCUUCCAGAAUCCUGCCUGCAUUCCCGAUAUUAUCCAUGCAUUAGAAAAAAGACUUCAGGAAAACUCAUGGAUUAUAACAAUGAAGGUUCUUAUCAUUAUUCACACAUUGAUGCGUGAAGGAAAUGAAGAUAAAGUUAUCAAAUGUAUCAGCAACAACACACAAGUUCUUGAUAUCGGCCAGCUUCGAGAAAAAUCGACGAAUAGUGCUUCAAUACAGAACAUUCGUGUUUACAAGCUCUAUCUUGACGAAAAGGUUGGAUGUUACAGAGACCUCAAAAUAGAUUUUGUAAGGUCGACCUCAGGACACAAUGAUGGCCGCCUGAGACACUUGCCGAUCGCCAAUGGGCUACUAAAAGAGACAAAGGUUUUGCAGAAACAAAUCGGAGCUAUCGUUAAAUGCAAAUUCCAUUUUGACGAAGGAGAUAAUUCUCUUAGCUUCCAAGCCUAUAAACUUAUCUUAAGCGAUCUUUUAGUGCUAUUCAAGGCAGUCAACGAAGGAGUGGUCAAUAUUUUAGAGCACUACUUUGCUAUGAAUAGGUCAAACGCGCGAAUAUCACUUGACAUCUACAAAAAGUUUGCGCAACAGACUGAACUCAUUAUCAAUUACUUAAAUGAGGCCCGAAAAAUGCAGCGUGAGUUGGACAUGACAAUCCCUGUGGGAAAGCAUGCGCCACUUUCGCUUGCAGAGGCAUUAGAAGAAUAUCUUUUGGAUCUCGAGAAGCAAUCCAAAACGCCUUCUCGUAGAGCUUCCCAGGUUAAUCGAACAAAUACGGUCUCUCAACCAGCUCAACCAACUCAACCAACUCAGCCAUCUACUACACAGCCUACUGUCCCACAAUCAUUUUCAACCUCACAACCUGUCAGCAACCCACCAGACUUCUUCACACCUUUGUCAAAUGAACAGACCGUUGUUUAUGUGCCUGCGCAGCAAAAUGGUGUGAAUGGCAUGAGAAACAUGCCUUCCAUGCCAAACAUGCCUUCCAUGCAACAACCUUUAAUGACUGGCCAGCAAAACACUCUUCCGAUUACACCCAAUAUUACCGGAAAUUCAAACAAUCCGUUCAGGGCUUCUAUGGUGAACACUAACACCGCAAAUGGAACAUGGACAUCCACUCUUGCAACCAUACCUCAAUUCACUCAGACUGGAUCAUACCAACCAACAACAAACCUAUCGAGAUCUGCAACUACGAUUACCCCUUCUUCAAUGAUGACUAGUCAAUCUACUGGAAGAAACGGUUCAAACCCCUUCCGAGCUAGUACCAUUGGACACCCACGUAUGCAAAGUGAGCCAUGGCAAAACACGAAGCCUAUGACGGUUCAAACAACUGGUUUCGGAUCACAACCCCUGCAGCCUCUCAUGACAGGCACAUCUACGAACAAAAACCCUUUCGCCCCCGCAUCACCUCCACUGACACCACAAAAUCAUCAACCUGGUAAUAACAUUACCAGCCAACAAGUAUUCACCGUCUCUCCUACUGCUUUGGUUUCUCCCAACAAUCCUUUUGCACCAGCACAAACACAGCUACCAUCCGAAAGUUUACCAAAUCAGACGCAUCAAAAUAAUACAUUUAAUUCAUUUUCAUUCUAA